UACCGCGUGAAGCAAAGCUGGAUUAUUACUGCGUUUGGACGAUCAACAUUCAACAACACCCUCUUUAAGCAAUUGCUCAAGGAUAUUAUUACUAUAUUAGAUUCCCUAUUAAGAAACAACUCACCAUAUAAGAAAUCCGAACAGAUCCGAUCAAUUAAGCCCCGUUUACCGCACUUACGGAAUUAUUCAUCGGCGCUGAAACAUGAGUUUCCUCUUCGGCAAGAAAAAAACUCCCGCAGAACUUCUGCGGGAAAAUAAGAGGAUGCUGGAUAAAUCCAUCAGAGAGAUAGAGAGGGAGAGGCAAGGUCUACAAACUCAAGAAAAGAAACUAAUUGCGGAGAUAAAGAAAAGUGCUAAGCAAGGGCAGAUGGGGGCCGUAAAAGUAAUGGCAAAGGACCUGAUUAGGACAAGACAUCAGAUUGAAAAGUUCUAUAAGCUGAAGUCACAGCUCCAGGGUGUAUCUCUCAGAAUUCAGACAUUGAAAUCAACACAAGCAAUGGGAGAGGCCAUGAAAGGCGUGACAAAGGCAAUGGGCCAAAUGAAUAGACAGAUGAACUUGCCAUCACUCCAGAAAAUUAUGCAAGAGUUUGAGAGGCAGAAUGAGAAGAUGGAAAUGGUGACUGAAGUGAUGGGAGAUGCCAUUGAUGAUGCUUUGGAAGGGGAUGAGGAAGAGGAAGAAACAGAGGAACUAGUGAGCCAGGUUCUUGAUGAAAUUGGAAUUAACAUAAACCAAGAGCUUGUGAAUGCACCAUCAUCUGCUGUAGCUGCUCCAGCUGCAAAGGGUAAGGUUGCACAAGCAGAAGCAACUGGGAACGAUGACAUUGGGAUAGAUAGUGAUUUACAGGCAAGGUUAGAUAAUCUAAGAAGGAUGUAAUAUUCAUCUUUUUAUACUUGUAAAAUAUUUACGUAAUUGGGCGUGAAUGUCACUGAAAAUUUGCCAGGAUUCCUCCUGGCUUUUGGAUACAGGUGAAAAUUCUAUAAAAUAUUAAAUUUUUAUUUUUAUAUUAUUUAUACGCAAAA